CCUACACAGCACCAAUCAUAUGAUGGUAAUGUAGUACUACCACCGUAGAGCGUAGCUCCAGCCAUUCUGCUCCGCGUUGCGAAGCUCGUCUCAAGGGCUUAGUCACUACGCUACUAUUGACUGACGGACUUCACCAACGGGGAAUUGAUCUCUUACUACAAGUGGACGGACUAAAAUUCUCUCGACACAUAAAGGGAGAAGAGGAGAAACCGAAUCAUACGCCAGCGUUAACCAGAGCGACACUAGCAGAGGCACGACUGGCUCCGGUCGGGGGAAUGGUUGAUCACUUGCCGGUCGGCGAGGAGACCUUUCUGUAUUACGCCAGCUCUCCAGCCGACCGUCACCCAUCGGAUAUGGUGACAGACACCGGCAUCUACCAGGCACUGUCCCCCCCGUUCUCAGAGGACGACCUGAGUGACUCGUCCAGCCCUCGGUCCUGCUCCAGCCCUGAGUCCCAGCUCCUGGGCUCCAGCUGCAGUGGCAGUUGCUCCAGCGGAGAGAGCCAGGAUGGUCUCCUGGACAUCCUGCUCUCCCAGGCCACAUUGGGUAGGGACGUUACGCCCUCCCUGUGCCCCUCAGCACCUCCCGUCCUCCCAAUGGGUCUAGCGUGGGAGUCGAAGAAGAUCCGCCUGUCUCCGCCGACCAAAGAGGAGAGCUUUGAGUUCCCUAGGUUCUCGGUGGACCUGGAGGAUCACGCGGGGCUGCUGUUUCAGCCUACCCUGGAGGAGAUUGAGGAGUUCCUGGAGGAGAAUAUGGAGGCGGUGGCGCUGAAACGGGAGGCUAGUGAUGACGGGAUGACGGACAGUCACGUGACGGGGUCGGAGGCCGGGCUAGAGUGCCCCGGUCAAACCCAUCCUGGAGUCGCGGUCCGCACCGCAGAGACCAAACGCAGCUCAACCCCUGCAGUUGCAGAGUCCAACAGUUCCACUGAGAUUAAACAGGAGGACCCCGCUGGUUCCCCUGCAUCAGUGGAGGGAUCCAGUGUGGCACCUGUCAUUCUGCAGAUUCAACCCAUCCAGAUUAAGCAGGAGCCCAGUCCCAGCGCCAUACCGGUACCCCAGCCGACAACCCCGCCCUCCUCGGACAUCAAAAUCGCACAGCUCCUGGUCAGCAUCCAGGGCCAGACAUUUGCCCUGGUUCCCCAGCUGGUGUCGCCGUCCAAUCUCAGCGGCGCGUCGUCCAAAUUUGUGCGCAUCGCGCCCGUGCCGAUAGCCGCCAAGCCCUUGGGCGCGGGGGAGGCCGGGCUUGGGGGCGGCCAGUCGGCGGGUCUCCUGGCGGGAGGGCCGAAGUUCCAGAAGAGCUCGGUGGCGGACCUUAUAAAAAUGCACAAGUGCACUUUCCCCGGCUGUGCCAAGAUGUACACCAAGAGCAGCCACCUCAAGGCCCACCUGAGGCGACACACGGGGGAGAAGCCCUUCGCCUGCACCUGGCCCGGAUGUGGAUGGAGGUUCUCAAGGUCAGACGAACUCUCCAGACACCGACGUUCUCACUCUGGAGUAAAGCCUUACCAGUGUUCCGUCUGCGAGAAAAAGUUUGCCCGCAGUGAUCAUCUGUCUAAACACAUCAAAGUCCACCGCUUUCCACGAAGCAGCAGGACAGUUCGCUCCGCGAACUGAACCCAUUGACCCCCCCCUCUCGUCCUGCUAGACUGAGGCCAUGCCAGGAAGGGUUCCUAUAUCAAGUUGAAGAGGAAACGGUGGGACAGACCGAAAAAACAUUCAAGCAACUUUGAAAGUUUCACUUUUUGGGGGUAUGCUUGUGCAAGAGUGUGCGACGCAUUUUUGUGGUACUGUGAUAAUUUAUAAGGUAAAUGCAAAGAAAAAGAUUUUAAAGAAAACAACAAUUGUUACUUGACAUGAAACCUUGAUAUUUGAAUCAUUGGGUUGGUCUGUAGUUUGAGUUCAGUACAACAAAGGGCAGUUGAGAUUUAAAGGCAAUAUUCCUGAAUUUGAAGUUAGCGCAUAUGUUGGCUCAAUAGGAAAUUACCAUAACAUUCAAAUUGUGCUAUAAUGUUGAACUUAUUAGAUAUGGACUGAAUGAAGACCUACAUUUAUUGUAAAUAGCUUUUUCUUUGUUUUUUAGGGUUUGUCUCAUUCAGAUUUUUAAGAUGUGAAUCUAAAAAAAAAACGGUUUUGUUAUGCUAAGUAUUUUUACACUUUCAAAGGUUUGAAAUAAUUUAUGUUGAUGUGUCUUCCAGUUAUUGAAUGCAUCAACAUUCCUUCUGCUCUACGAUGAAAUUAUCUUCUCAUCGCCAAGGAAGUUUUUAACGUUUAGUGGGUAGUUCUUCAAACCAAAGAAAAAUGUCUGAAACGUUCAUGUUGAACUACUGACCUUCGUCUGGAUCGUGCCAUUAUAAGCUACUGGCAAAAUGUGGAGGUUAUCUCUUAUUUUAAUAACAAUGUUUUUUAUUGACAAAAUGUGGAGGUUACCUCUUAUUUUAAACUACAGGGGCACUGUGAUUGUGACUGCGGGGCCUCGUCUGGUCAAAGGCACGCAAGACUGUUAACAGCUAACAAUCCGCUGCAACAUAAAGGAAAUUCACACGUCGUAUGGCGUGUUGUGAUUUUAUGUGAAAUGACUGGCUUUCUGAUCAGUAUUGAAUCAUUUUAACCUUUCCUUUGGCGUGUUUGCAGAUAACAGAUAUGUUCUCAGACGUUCUGCGUCAGCA